UAUUUAUCUAUGGUUAAAAUCUCAAAACCAACAAAAUAAUAUAUUUAUUGGUUAAAUAUCUGAAAUUUGAUAUUUUUGUAAAAGUUGCUGAAUGUGUUGUAAGAAACAAAAUGGAAUCAAACCUUACAAGUAUGUGGGUGAACUUCUUCACAGCUGCAGGUAUUCCGUCAGAUGUGUCAGCGACCUAUGCCCUGACCUUCACAGAGAAUCGUAUUCAGAGUGAUAUGUUGCUAGAUCUCAAUAAGGAAUACCUAAGGGACAUGGGUAUCACAAGAAUGGGUGAUGUUAUUGCUAUUUUGAGGCAUGCCAAACAAGUUCAUGAGAGCACAGCUCGUGAUAAAGUGCUUAGUACGGCUACGGCAACAGUGACCACCAAAGUGCCCGUUGCAGCUGUUACGGGAAGGGCAACUAUCACUCAACCGUCUUCACCAGCCAGCCGUAUUUUGGAGCACUACACACGCAACCCUCAGGUACAAGAAACUUCGCCCACCAGUACACUACACACGAAGAGGAAGUCUAUUGAUAAUGGUGUUGAAAGUGAUGCGAGCAUUAAGAAGGCCCGUCUGAUACGCUUUGCGUCGCCAUCGCCGCAACCGGUGCCUCCCAUUAAAGACAUAUCAUCAAGUAAGCAAACCGUCUUCGCCCGCUUAGGGAAUUCAGAGAUUGUCAAAACUGUUCCACAAAAAACAAACUCCAAACAGAUAUAUUCGAGACUGGGCUCGAAAUCUGAAGGCAAUGAAGAGGAACAACCAGUUAUGCCAUUGCAGAAGGACGCACUAAAGUACGAGGGUAUACUAAAAGCCAAUCCAGUUACUAAGAGAGUGUUCACUGUUACAACAUCCAAGAAUAAUGUAAGAAAGAUUGCAGUUGGGACUAUGCGGGCUGAUGAGACUCCUGUUAGUGUCAAAGAAAAAUUAGCUUUACCUAAGCCUAAAUCUGUAAAAUUUUCUAAUCACAUAGAAUAUAAGGAAAUAGAAUCUGUUAAAAAAGAAGUUAACAUUAAUACUAGAACUUUUGGGCCAAAACUGCCACCUGUCAAUAUAAGACAAAAGAUUUUCGCGCCAAAAAUAACACAAGUUUUCAACAAACCAGAGAGAAGAUUGUCUAUGCCCGAAGGCGGUAACAGUGGCAUUAAGUCUAGGUUAGGUAAUAAAAAUAGUAAUGAUCUGACUAUCACAAGAAACGUUUUUAAUAGAUUAGGUGCAUGAUUCAUUGUGACUUUAUAUUCUAAAAUUAAUGUUUCAGAUGUUUGACAUAAGGAUAUCUUUUUUAAUUUGGUGCUUACGUUUACUAAACUACAGUUUGAUUUAGUUUGUCUAUUUUUUUAUAAAUAAUAUAGUUCUCGGGAGUCCUAUUACCAUAGCUUUACAAUUUCACAUUGAACACCAAACACUGUUGAUGUUUUAAAAAUGAAAUGAAAAUAUUUAAAAAAUUUACAAGAAAUAGUAUUUUAUUGUUGAACAACUAUCGAUCUAUAAUUAUAACCUAUAGCGCUUUUUGCAUUAUCGUAAAAUGUUAUUUUAUAUUUGACUGUGCCAAAUGUAAUUUCUUCGAACGACUUCUGAUGGUUUACGCCAAUUUUAAGCCACAAAUGCUUAGCUAAGCCUGAAGUAUUACUGUAUCGUGUUAAAAGGACUUAGAGUUGAAAGUCACCUUAAUCUUGAAAUUUUUUGGCUUUAUUUUUUUUUUGCAAAAUAUACGGACAUUGCUAUCUUCUUCCUUUGGAGGAUUUAACGUAAUUGCACCGCUAUAUGACAUCGAACUAAUUUAAUUAGAUGCGUAACUGCAUCAUAAACAUCUGAUUAAGUAUAUUAAAUUUGAUUCAGCAGCUUUUUCUUUAAAAAUAAAGUAUUCAAAUAUUUUUUCAUCACAAUUUUUGACUAAACUAGUAAUCUGUGUGAUUAGAUCACUCCCAUUCGGAUUGUUGUCAAUUAUUUUUUUAACUAUUAAAUGCAAGUACUUACUACCUACUAGGCUUCUCUCCAACCGGAUGGAAAGUGGUGAUGCAACUGAAGAUGGUAAACGAAUUGACUUAGCUUACCGUUACAGCCUAAAGUCUACUGCUGAACAUAGGCCACCAUCAUAGAUUGCCACCAUAGAUUGCCCCCCUACGACAAAUAUACCCCAUAUUUGUCGUAGUUGCCACACUUGGCAAGUGGGUUGGCAACAACAGUCUUUAAUUUUUAGCAGUUAUUAAGAAGACUGCUGCUUACGACACUCACGCGAUGAUAUGGGGUAGUGGAUAUUUUUACAUCGCCAUUACACGGUUUUUGACUUAGCCUAACAAGAGCCUGUUCACUCUUGCCUUGAAGACAGAUGCUGGCAAAUUAUUCCUCUCCUUUGCUGUACGCAUUAUAAACGACGAAGCAAACCGUUUGGUUGACAUGCGUUGAUGCUUGUAUGGCAUAAUGGAGGGCGUCUUUGUGACGUAGUAAUACAAUACAAUACAAUAAUAUAGGGUAAGCAGUAUAAUGAUUGGCACUUUAAGCGGAUUUCUACUUGUAAGUGGUUAAUUCUCGUAAAUAAACAAAUUUGUUAUAUUUUUUAUUGUUUUGUUGGAUUUUAGUUUAAAUACCCAUAAAUAAAAUAACGCAUUACGUUUAAAAAGAAAUGUUUAAUUAAGUUAAAAAUCUAAUUAAACUUUUUUCUAGGGAAUGCUACAAUCAUUGGCACUUUAGCAUAGUGAAAAACUAAAUUAAGUAUAAUCAUUGGCACCAUUGGAAGUCUUAAAAAGUUAUACCCAGAUCUUUUUAAGCUCCAUCUUAUUGUUAUAACAAUUAUUUUGAACAAAUCUUCUUAAAAAAUUUUCCUUAGAUCUUCAUCUGAAAGCGGUUUCGUUUGUCUACCAUGUUUUCUUCUUUCUUCGUAUACAUUUUUGAUGUGACUUUUUUAGUAAAACCUUUCGUAUUUUUUCGAUAUUUUGUAGAAAUAGAACUUUAUUUCGGUUUUUUAGAUUAAACAUUUAGAGAUUAUUAUAAUGUCAGAGUUUUUGGCUUCAUUCUUCUUGUUUUGUUUGUCAGUUUGUUUCUAUAUUUGGCUAAUUCAAUUCUGCAUUUUCCAUUUGUGCCCAAUUUUUCCAUUAUUUUUUUAGCUCCGCUGCUUCCGAAUCUUGUUUGCACAAAAUAACGGCGUUGUUUACCUGCUUUUUGCCUUUUGACACGUAUUUGGCAAUGGAAAAAAACUAAAGAUUUUAGUUUAUUUCGACAUUCACAAUCACCCAUUCACCUCCAACAAAUUCUAAAUUUGCUGCCUAGUUGAUGAAGAACAUAAGGGUUAGUUUUUUUCUGAUACUCAACAAUAGUCUCUGCAGGUUGUAUACGCUUUGGUGCUGAUAAACCAUUAUUAAGUGAAAGGAUACGAGGCAAAUUUGAUACCGGUAUUUCUGAUUCAGUCGUUAUUAGUCGUUAUUCUUAAAAUAUUAGGUAAUUCGGCGUAAUGGCACAGAACGGUGGUCAUCUAAAAUGGCUUGCUGUGAUUUCGAGGGCACCGGACACUUUGUUUAAUCCACUUUGUCUGGACUAAAUGGACACAACCCACAUAUCUCAAAAACAUUUCAUAAUAUAGAUUUAUUUCAAUACGGUAAAAGUCUUGCUAAUAUAGACCCGCAUCUGUUUUAGUAACCUUUUUAUCAAAUUGUUUGUCCAUCAUUCGAAGAUAGAUUUACGCCACAUAUCUUUGGUGGGUCGAAAUGCAGUGAUAUCAGCUGAUUGCAAUAGUCGCGUUGCAUUCAGGUUAAGGGCCAUAAGUAUUAUGGCGAGACUUGGGCAAAGUUGUGCUGUAUUUAAGAUAGUAAAUUACCCUCUCUCUAGGCACUAACUUUUGAACGUCUGAUCACAUUUUCUUUUUAUAGGGGAAAAAUAAUAGGUUUUACCGUCUAUUCCAAAUAACAGUGAUGCAAGACUUCGAUUAGGCAUGAUCCACCUCAUAGACGUUUUAUUCUCCCUCUAUAAAACGGUUUAGUAUGUAUGGGGUACUUAUUCAAAAACCUCACAUCAUUGACAUUUUUAUGACAUCGAAAACUGUGCCAGGACCAGGUCGGCUUUUCAGCUUCUUAGUUUUUUUUUACUUUACUUAUUUAGUGUGAACUGUAAAUUCGCGCGUGGAAUGUUAAAUGUUAGUGCGGCAGUUAUUUUUCUAAAGCGCCCUCUCUUAAUAGCAGUAUUCUUCAUCAAUUCAAAAUAUGAAAAAGUUCAGUCAUAAUCAUUGGCACUACUCAAAGGAUAUAGUCAUUGGCAGUGUCAAGAAUAGAUUUUGGACAAAAGAAAGAAAGUAUAGUGAUUGACAUAUAUGCCAAUGAUUAUGUAGUCAAACAAAUUAAAGUAUAGUCAUUGGCACAAUUAAAAAAACCGAUGCUUCUAUUUCACAACGAUAAAAUAACGUUUAAUGUGCUUUAAUGAUGUUAAUUGGUUAAAAUAGACAGAAACUUACCUAAAAAUCACAUUUUUGUCUCAAAAUCUAGCCACAUAACCUUAACGUUUUGUUAAAUUGUAACGGAUUUGUCCGCACACAAUUUGAAAACAGCCCUUAUAGGAAAAUAGUUGACGCUUUAAAUAUAAAUGUGUAUUGUUAGUAUAAGUAAUUAUAUAUCUUAGCAAUAUCUGUGUAGCUGUGGUAUAGAAAAAGGAAAACAUUAUUAAUAUUCAGAUUAAAAUAGCAAAGUGCCAAUCAUUUUAGGAGUGCCAACAUUAGUACUGUUUACCCUACAAGUGAUAGACCACAGAUUAAUAAAUAUAUAGCAAGCUAGUGAUAGACCCUGACUAAUGGUACGGAUCACCAAAGUCGUAAGUCGUGAACACGAGUAUUUUAUGCUUGCUUGAAUUUAAAGGAGUAUUAUUAAUGACAUGAUUUAUAAAUAUUUUUUUUAUUUAAAAUAUAACUACCGUCGCAUAAUGACCAAUAAGAAAGUUGAAACUUCAAUGGAAAAGUAAACGGUGCACUCUACAAUGCCUUUGACAGUUAUUAUUUUAGGUACAAAAGUUAAUUGUAAAUUUUAAACUGAGCUAAUUAUGGUGUAUUUGUUUGUUUGUGAUAGCUAACCGUUAAGUGUGUUAACUUGGAAAGAAGUUCGUCUUUGUGUUUUGAGAUGCCUUUUUUAAGUGUUUUAGUUAUGUAAUUUUGUAAAUAUUAUUAAUAAAUAAAUAUUUUUUUGUUCUUUAUUGGAUACUUUGUUAUAUUUUUAAUUGUUCUCUAAGAGUACUUCUGGACAUAGCCCUCUCUCAUUGUAGGGAGGCCUUAAUCGUCACGCUCAAUAUGUUUUUCAUAUAAAAGGAGACAAUCUUUUUGGGCGCACUAGAAACUUUAACGUAACUUAAUUUUAUUACACAUAAAAAAGAUACCAAUUCAUUAUAGUAAACGACCUAAAGAUUUUAUCCGGGGGAUUUAACCGGAAUUAUAAUAUCUGAAAAAAAAAGUCUUGAUAUUCGUGAAUUGGCUAAUGUAAUAUGAAAAAAAUGCGUAUAAAGAACGAACUACUAAACAAAUUUUCCAUCAACCUUAAAGUACCUAUAAAUGCUGAAUGUACCUACAACUUUCUUUUAUACUAUUAAUUAUUGACCAGUGCACUAUUUUAACUUAUAAUAAGCUUGUAAUGCCAGUUACUAGACUCCACAGAAUCAGUAAUUCAUUUAUGGGGCAAUGUAUAAGCUUUUACAACAAAAUCCCAGAACAUAUUCAAAGUUUGUCAAUAAACAAGUUUAAAAGUUUUAUUAAAGAAAAACUGUACAAAAACGGUUAUUAUAAUAUCAAGGUUGAAAAAAAAGUCCCGCUGGGUUUCUUGCUGUUUCUUCCCAGUACUGGGGUGUUUUCCGAACCAGUGAUAAAUAAAAAAAUGACUUUCAAUAAGUAUUAUGUAAUAAUCAAUAUUGAAUAAAAAAUUAUUCUAUUAUAUUCUGUUCUAAAUACCUGUGAAAACUACUCGACAAUCGCUUUUAGUUUGUUUUUAGAUUAUUGAGAUAUUCAUAUUUUAAUUGUUAAUUUCUCAGUAUUCUCGUUAGAUACGGUAAAACUAAUAUUACUAUGUAAUAAUAUAAUAUGUGGUUAUAAGGAAUAAAUCGACAUAUGUUUC